AUGGAGGCUCCAACCGUCGCCGUCAACGGCUGCACCAUCGUCGGCGUCUUCCAGCCCGCAUCAGCCAAGUACCCAAAAGCGCUGGACAUUUUCCACGGCAUCCCGUUCGCCAGCGCCCAGCGCUUCCGGGCCGCCGUGGCGAUGCCCCCGUCCGAGGCUUCAGGCGUCAUCGAUGCCUCGCGCCCUGCGCCCUCACAGCCGAUCCCCAUGGCGCAGCACGCCACGGCAGAAAAUCCGUUGACGCUCAACGUGUUCCGGCCGUCGGUGUCGGCGUCGGCGUCGGAGUACGUGGUUGGGCCUGAGAGCGAGGGCGUGAGGGAUCUGCCCGUGGUGGUUUACGUUCAUGGAGGGGCCUUCAACUUUGGGUUCCCGCUGGAGAGGGAUCUGGCGUCGUUUGUGGCCUGGGGGGCGAGCCAGGUGCUGGUUGUGAGCGUUUCGUAUCGGCUGGGGGCGCUGGGGUUCUUGGCUGGUGCGCCGGAGACGCAGGAGCUGAAUUUGGGGCUGAGGGACCAGAGGCUGGCGGUUGAGUGGGUGAAGGAGUGGAUUGGCGAGUUUGGGGGGGAUGCUGGUGAUAUCACGCUCUUGGGGACAAGUGCUGGGGCGCAUUCGGUUGGUCAUCACUUGCUCAACCCCUCUCCUCUCCCCUUUCGUAAGGCCAUCCUCGAGUCCGGAUCUCCAACUGCACGCUCUGUGCUUUCUCCUUCACAUCCUCGCAACGUAGGCCAUCUAAACGAGUGCAGCAUGUACGCCAACAACAGGCCUCUCGACAUCCUCCCCAUCGACUCUCUCAUCGAAGCCUCAUUCACCGUCUACGCCAUGCACCACACGCCCGUGACUUGGCCCUUCCAGCCCGUCAUUGACGGUCCUGGAGGUGCCAUCCCAGACUUGCCCCUGAACCUGUGGCGCCAGCUCGUCGAGUCGGGUCGUGCCAAGGACAUUUCCGUCAUCACCGGCUUCUGCUCUCAUGAGGGCACGACUUUUGCUCCGCAGCAUGCCUCCACCAGCGCCGAAUUCCGCUCCUUUUUCCAGAAACUCAUUCCUUCUUUUUCAGCAGACGACCUUGACGCUCUCGAGCUGCUGUACCCUGAUCCCCUCAUCCACCCAGAUUCCCCCUAUCUUCAGCCCCCCGGCAUAGGAGGUCCUCAGAAACGCCCGUACGGAGCGCAGUUCCGCCGCAUCCACGAAGCUUACGGCCAUUACGCAUAUAUUUGCCCUGUUCUUCAUACCGCACACACUUUAUCUCGAGCUGGAGCCCGUGUAUAUCUUUAUGAAUACGCUGCUCUUUCAUCACCAUUCAAGGCAGCUUCUCACGGUGACCAGCCUCCCGCCGUAACUCACGACCUAAACAUCCUCGAGUCAACUCCAGGUCUCAUAGCCGUCGCCAAGGAGAUGAAUCACCGCUGGGUCUCCUUCUGCUCCUCACCCUCUGGUACACUCAACCAAGACGACCAAGAGGAAGCUUGGCCCCUGUUUCAGAGUCCCCUCGGAGACGAUAGCUCCGCUACGUCUUUCUCCGGAGCAGGAAUCGGGGAGCUUCUCGUCUUUGGAGAAGGCAAUGACGAAGCUGCGGGAGGAAGAAAUCAAGGCACGCCGGUCAAGACGAGGAGACUUACAGACAGGGAGCUGGAGCAGUGCCGCUUUUGGUGGGACCGCAUGGAGUUGAGUCAGGGGAUGGGUGAGCGAGGCACUGCGUCGGCUUGGCUGAAGGCGUAA